AUGUCCCUCUCGCCCUUCGAUGCGCUCCCACCGGAACUCCUCGCGAGGAUCUUCCUGCAACUUCCCCACCCGGCCCUGCUGGCUCUUCUGCGCGUGUGCAAGCGCUUCCGCGAGGUCGUCACGCACGACCCCGCGCUUAUGGUGCAGCGGUUCAGGCGUCCAAGUGCGGUCUUCAUCGACCCGCUGAACCGCGUGGACUACGAUGCCAUUUGGGAGGGAUACCGGAUUGAGCCGGUGAAGCUCCACCCUGCGCUGUGCCGGGUUCGCUACCGCCUCGGGGACCCGCCCGCGUCCCUUCGCCUUCCGGAUUCGUCUCCCGCUGCAGCUGGCUGUACGGACUCCACCCGCUCGAUGUUGCUGCUUGAACACGGCAUCGCGGCCGAGCUCAUCGCCAUCCCGAGCGUAACGGAACUCCACGCGCGUGUCGUGCUCGCGGCGCCGGGUCCAGCGGCGCUCGAGUUUACGGUGUGCAACGCCGACGGCGUCCGCCUCGCCGACUUCUUCGGCGCCCUCGUGGGAGCCUCGAUGUCGCGUCCGUUCGGGGUCGCCGCUCCCUCGUACUACCGCUUCUGCAAUGCUACCCGCCGCGGGACGGUGCUGGCGGGAAACCUCUAUGUGCGGUAUCAGUGA